CCCCCCACCCCACGUGGUAGGAGGUUUCCAGAAUCGCUAGCACCUCUGCGCCGCGCUACCCUCGACCAUCCGAGCGCCUCUUUGCUGUCUCGUACUUCCACCGUCUAGCAGCCAUGAUAAGCGCCAGCCGAGCCGCAGUAUCCCGUCUCGUCGGCACCGCAGCCUCCCGGGGCCCCACAGCCGCCCGCCACCAGGAUGGCUGGAAUGGCCUUAGUCAUGAGGCUUUUAGAAUUGUUUCAAGGCGGGACUAUGCAUCAGAAGCAAUCAAGGGAGCAGUUGUCGGUAUUGAUUUGGGUACUACCAACUCCUGUGUGGCAGUUAUGGAAGGUAAACAAGCAAAGGUGCUAGAGAACGCUGAAGGUGCCAGAACCACCCCUUCAGUUGUAGCCUUUACGGCAGAUGGUGAGCGACUUGUUGGCAUGCCGGCCAAGCGACAGGCUGUCACCAACCCAAACAACACCUUCUAUGCUACCAAGCGUCUUAUUGGUCGGCGAUAUGAUGACCCAGAAGUUCAGAAGGACAUUAAAAAUGUUCCUUUUAAAAUUGUCCGUGCCUCUAAUGGCGAUGCCUGGGUUGAAGCCCAUGGAAAACUCUAUUCCCCAAGUCAGAUUGGAGCAUUUGUGUUGAUGAAGAUGAAAGAGACUGCAGAAAAUUACUUGGGGCAUACAGCAAAAAAUGCUGUGAUCACAGUCCCAGCUUAUUUCAAUGACUCUCAGAGACAGGCCACUAAGGAUGCUGGCCAGAUAUCUGGACUAAAUGUGCUUCGGGUAAUUAAUGAACCCACAGCCGCUGCUCUGGCUUACGGUCUCGACAAAUCAGAAGACAAAAUCAUUGCUGUAUAUGAUUUAGGUGGUGGAACUUUUGAUAUUUCCAUACUGGAAAUUCAGAAAGGAGUAUUUGAGGUGAAAUCCACCAAUGGAGACACUUUCUUAGGUGGUGAAGACUUUGACCAGGCCUUGCUGCGUCACAUUGUGAAGGAGUUCAAGAGAGAGACAGGGGUUGAUUUGACCAAAGACAACAUGGCGCUUCAGAGAGUUCGGGAAGCUGCUGAGAAGGCCAAGUGUGAACUCUCUUCAUCUGUGCAGACGGACAUCAAUUUGCCAUACCUUACAAUGGAUGCUUCUGGACCCAAGCAUUUGAAUAUGAAGCUGACCCGGGCUCAGUUUGAAGGGAUUGUUACUGAUCUAAUCAGAAGGACCAUUGCCCCAUGCCAAAAAGCCAUGCAAGAUGCAGAAGUCAGCAAGAGUGACAUAGGAGAAGUGAUUCUGGUUGGUGGCAUGACUAGGAUGCCCAAGGUUCAGCAGACUGUGCAGGAUCUCUUUGGCCGAGCCCCAAGUAAAGCUGUCAACCCUGACGAGGCUGUGGCCAUAGGGGCUGCCAUUCAGGGAGGUGUGCUGGCUGGUGAUGUAACAGAUGUGCUGCUGCUGGACGUCACUCCCCUGUCUCUGGGUAUUGAGACCCUGGGAGGUGUCUUCACCAAGCUUAUUAACAGGAACACCACUAUUCCAACCAAGAAGAGCCAGGUGUUUUCUACAGCUGCUGAUGGACAGACUCAAGUGGAGAUUAAAGUGUGUCAGGGUGAGAGAGAGAUGGCUGGAGACAACAAACUUCUUGGACAGUUUACUUUGAUUGGAAUUCCCCCAGCCCCUCGUGGAGUCCCUCAGAUUGAAGUUACAUUUGACAUUGAUGCCAAUGGGAUUGUACAUGUUUCUGCCAAAGAUAAGGGUACAGGACGCGAGCAGCAGAUUGUGAUUCAGUCUUCUGGUGGAUUAAGCAAAGAUGAUAUUGAAAAUAUGGUUAAAAAUGCAGAGAAGUAUGCUGAGGAAGACCGGCGAAAGAAGGAACGAGUUGAAGCAGUUAAUAUGGCUGAAGGAAUCAUCCAUGACACAGAGACCAAGAUGGAAGAAUUCAAGGACCAACUGCCUGCUGAUGAAUGCAACAAGCUAAAAGAAGAGAUCUCUAAAAUGAGGGAGCUCCUUGCUCGGAAAGACAGUGAAACGGGCGAAAACAUAAGGCAGGCGGCAUCUUCCCUUCAGCAAGCAUCGUUGAAGCUUUUCGAAAUGGCAUACAAAAAGAUGGCAUCAGAGCGAGAAGGUUCUGGAAGCUCUGGCACUGGGGAGCAAAAGGACAAUCAAAAGGAGGAGAAACAGUAACAGCAGUAAAGUUUGGAGUUGAAAGGACAACAUGCUUGGGAGUGAAGGGAUUUCCUGAGCUGAAACGGGCAAACUUCAGUCUUCUACUGUGUUUUUGCAGUAUUCUAUAUAUAAUUUCCUGAAUAUGUAAAUUUAGUGACCAUUAGCUAAUGAUCAUUUCAUGAGUGACAAGUCCAGCAGUACAAAAUUCACAGUAUUCUGUCCCUAGCCUGUCAUUCUUUUUCAUUUCAGGUGCAUGUAAAGCUGGAAAGAUGACUUAUUGAUCAUUCUAAAGAUGUAACAUUGUUUUUGUGUUGAAGUAGCCAUAUUUUCAAGGGGUGAAAUCUCACAGUGAAGACGGUUGGGUCUGGAAUGAAACCAUAAGGUGAUGAGAUCCUUCUAGUGAUCUGAGUACUGCUGUACCAGCCUGUGUGUAUGUGGAAUUCAUCAACUGAGGCCUUGCAAAGCAAGCCAGCUAUGCCAUGUUGGGAGGAAGGGCAGGGAAAGCUAGAUCAACAGAAAACUGAGCUAAUUAUUUGUUAGAUCCAGCUUUUAAAACAAGUCGCCCAAAUUUUCUGAAGGCAUACUUUCCUAGCUACCCUUUGGCCUUAUGUCUGGCACCUGUGUCCUUGAUGACUGUUCUUUUUGAUCCAUUCUGGACUUUUUUAAAAAAAAUAAAUAGGAAAACCAUCUUGAUCUUUU